GAGGUGUCAGUUCAGAGCUGAGAGGGCUGAUGGUCUCUAGACCCGCCCUCCUGUGAAACUUCACUUCCUCUGCAUGGCUCAUUUAGGUGUUAAGGUGUUCAACAGUUUCACAUUUACAAGACAAACCACAGCUGCAGCACUCACACUGCACUCAUCAUCUAUUACCAGCAUUUUUUUCAUUUAUUUUACUUUUCUGUACUUACUAUGAUGCUAAGGGAUCACACAUGUCUAUGGUCUCUUUUCUUCCUCGCUGCUGUUAUUCCAGAGGUCCACCUCCAGAGAAAUGACCACUCCGUCCCGCCUGCCUCUGAGUUCUCCUCUGAGGUGCAGAUCUACCGGCCGGUGAUGCAUCCCUCUGAGUCCGUUCCUCCAAUAGGGACCUACCUUGUUGGGAAUUCCUGUAUCAAAGCCACCAUGGGAGCAGAGUACAUUGUCACUGAAAAGAAGAAGACUUGGUAUUUCAACCUGGACCCCUCCAGAGUCAGAGCCAGUGGUUACUGUGACAAAGAAGCUGCUGUUCUCUCUCUCACGCUGCCAGACAAUGCCGCCAGUCUGCAGUUCACCUUCAAAAAGGAAGAGAAUAUUUUCUACGUCAACAAACUGACUGUUCAUGUGUCUCCUCUGCCUGUCUGCCAAGGAUGUGCCAAUAAGACUUACUCAGGUUUGGUGGUCGUUGACAAGCUGUUCGCAGCACCUACUGGACAGAGCUUCAAGUGCAAAUCUGAGAAUCUGCUUUUGAUGUCAUCGGAGCUGAGGAUCAAGCUGGUUCCUCUGCAGGUGCAGGCCUUCACUCUGCCCGAAGGACAGUAUGGAAAAGAGGUGGAGUGUUGGGCCGACUUUAGCAAGCGAGCUAUCCCCAUCAUAGUCGGGGCCACAGUAGUGGGUCUCGUUCUGAUCGCUGUGCUGACCUUCCUGUUCAUCAGAGACCGCCGCCACAGUCAAGGAUACGACAGGCUCUGAGCUCGUUGUAAAAACUGAGUGAAGAUAUACUCCGUCUGAUAGAAUUUUUUAAACUUGCUUACUGUUACAAAAAGUUCUUAAAAUUGCUCUCCUUAACUUGAAAAUAUAUGUUUUGCUCCUGGAAUUCUUCUAAUAAUAGAGAAGAGGUCUGAUAUGUCUAAUAUUAUAACUAUAAAUGCAAACAAUGUUGUUACAUUUAUUUAUUUGACUAUUCUUUCUUUGUUUGUUUUUAAAUAUAUUAUUUUCCAUUCUCUUAUAUUUGAAUUAUAUUUUGCAUUUCAUUUCACUUUCAUUCUGCUUUCAGUGAUAACUUUUGUUCACUGCUGCUUAUUGAAUAGGUCUACUCUUAUGAAGUUGGCGGAAAAUUAGUAAUAGAGCCGUUAAUUACGUAAGCAAUAUAAUGAACCAGACUAUUGAUUUAUCAUAAUAUAACUCUUGAACCUAAAUGGCAGAUAUACUGCAGAAUAAACAUCCCAGGUAAUUAGUUCAAGUUUUGCAACCUAAUCAACAUUUCAGUCAGUUUUGGACAUUCUUUGAUUAAAAUGUUUAGUUUUGAACAGAAAAGGUAAUACAUUAUACUUGUUGAAUGCUUACUUUUUUCAACUAAUUUCUGUUUCAUAAUUUCUGUAUUGCUGUACAGUGAAUAAGUAUUGUUUAUAAAUGUAAUGACUUAUAUUGUACUAUUGUGUGAUUUUCUUUGUUACCUGUAAUUUACCACCUGUUUGACACAUAUAUACUGUAAAAAAAAUAAAUAAACGCUUGCUUCCGUC